AGCUCUAGAUGUAAUGUGUUCAAACAAACCAGAAACGACAACUACAUCUCACCUUCCAUCCAGGACAAUGCCUUCUUAAAAAUAAUGGAGGAAGGACUAACAAAAGACACAGAUAACAGUUGGACAGCUCCUUUACCAUUUAAAAAUCCAUGCCGAAAGCUCCCUAACAACAGACCACAGGCCCUGAAUCGCCUAAUGUCUCUUCUUCACACCUUUGAAAAGAAAAAAGAGAUGAAGGAACAUUUCAUCACUUUCAUUGACAAAAUAUUCCAAAACAAACAUGCAGAGAUUGCCCCUCCACUAAAAGAGGAUGAGGAAUGUUGGUAUCUGCCACUAUUCAGUGUCUACCAUCCCUGUAAACCCACGCAGAUCAGGGUCGUCUUCGACAGCAGCGCCAAGUAUGAAGGCAUAUCCCUGAAUGAUGUUCUGUUAACAGGACCAGAUUUUAAUAACUCAUUGCUUGGGGUCCUAAUACGCUUCAGAAAAGAAGCCGUUGCCUUCAGAGCAGACAUCGAACAGAUGUUCUACUGUUUCAACGUGCGAGAGCAAGAGAGGAACUACUUACGCUUCUUGUGGUUCCACGACAAUGACAUUUCCAAAGAAAUUGUGGAGUAUAGAAUGACGAUCCACGUCUUUGGGAACAGCCCAUCGCCAGCAGUGGCCAUAUAUGACCUCCACCAGUCUGUCCUACGCGUCGAACCAGACUGCGAUGCAGAUGUGAAGCAGUUUGUCAUGCGCGACUUCUACGUUGAUGACGGACUCAAAUCUCUACCUACUGUUGAAAAGGCCAUAUCUCUACUCCAAAGAACCCGAGAUGCACUUGCAAACUCAAAUUUAAGACUGCAUAAAAUAGCAGCAAACAGAAAGGAAGUACUAGAGGCAUUCCCGACUCAAGAUCAUGCCAAAAAUCUAAAAAACCUAGACUUUGAAGCUGAUUCAGUGCCCAUACAGCGUAGCCUAGGUCUCCUCUGGGACCUAAGUAAAGGCUGCUUCACCUUUGAAGUAUCUGAUGAGUCAAAGCCCUUUACUAGACGAGGUGUUCUAUCAACAAUAAACAGCCUCUAUGAUCCGCUGGGCUUUGUAGCACCAGUCACCAUACAGGAAAAGUCAAUUCUACGUGAACUUACAGCUGAAAAUGAGGACUGGGAUGCUCCACUGCCUCCCAAAAUGGAAGAGUCCUGGACACAGUGGAAAGACUCACUCAAAGACCUGCCUAACAUGACCGUUCCCAGAGCAUACACAGACAUUUCCCCUUCAACAGCAGAUCACUCCACUCGUUCUGUUCCUGCAUACCAGCUGCCGCUUAGUAACUGGCUCACUGGUCCUGACCUUUUGCAUCAGAUUCAGAGUUCUCUAAAUGACUCCUAUGACCUUGUAGAGCCCAGCAUGGACUCAGAUGUAAGACCUCAGGUAACUGCACUCAAAACAACAGCCUCAACUAAAGAACUGGGCUCAGACAUAUUCACCAAGUUUUCUACCUGGAAAUCCCUCACGCGUGCUCUUUCUAGGCUAAUACAUGUCAUCCACAACUUCAAAUCACUACCAAGCAAAGCCAAUCACUGUCAUGGCUGGCUUUACUGUGAAACGGGACUUAUUGUGGAUGAGUUAAACCAAGCUCAGAACCUUGUCAUUCGAGCAGUACAGUAGGACGUGUAUGCUGAAGAAAUCAAGUGUGUGCAAAAACAUGAAAAACUACCCAAAAUCAGUCCUCUCAAAAACUUAGACCCCUAUCUGGAUAAAGGACUCCUUAGAGUAGGUGGUCGCAUCAGAGACUCAAUCAUUAGCCAAGGUGAGAAAAACCCUCUCAUAGUUCCUGGUCAUCAUCAUGUUGCAGCUCUUCUCAUAAUGCACUACCACGAGCAGACCCAGCAUCAGGUUCGCUCCGCAGGAUGGUGGAUAGUGGGCGGUAAAAGAAAAGUGAGCACAAUCAUCCAUCUUUGUGUUACCUGCAAAAGACUUCAUGCCCCUUUGAGCACACAAAAAAUGUCAAACCUCCCUCCAGACCGUCUCACAACAGUUCCCCCUUUCACGAAUGUGGGCUUAGAUGUGUUUGGUCCGUGGUUUGUGUCUUCACGACGCACAAGAGGAAGCGUCAAUCAGAAUAAAAGGUGGGCUGUCAUAUUCACUUGUUUGAGUAUUAGAGCAGUUCACAUUGAAGUGGUAGAGUCACUUGAUACAUCUAGCUUCAUUAAUGCAUUCCGACGAUUUCUGGCCGUGAGGGGACCAGUGAAAACUGUUCGCUCUGAUCGAGGUACCAAUUAUAUAAGUGCAUGUAAAGAACUGAAAAUCCCUUCAAACUUGGACAACACAGCUGUGCACACCUUCUUAAAAGAACAUGGAUGUAAAUGGACUUCAACAUAAGACCACUAAACUCACUCAUGAGGUUCUCGUCACCUUCAUGGCAGAGGUGGCUGCUAUCAUAAACUCUAGACCUCUUGUCCCGGUUUCAUCAGACCCGAGUGACCCCUUUAUCUUGACUCCAGCUGUUCUCCUGACUCAAAAGGUAGCAACCCUUCAGGCUCCAGAUGAAAACUUCACAGCAUCAGACCUCUACAAACAUCAGUGGCGCCAGGUUCAGCACCUGUCGAACAUCUUCUGGGACAAAUGGAGGAAAGAGUUUCUUCCUACCCUCCAGCCACGCCGCAAAUGGCAGUCUAGCCAGCCUAACGUGAACUUAGGAAGUGUUGUUGUACUCAAAGACAGUCAAAUGCCAAGAAAUGAAUGGCCCCUUGGUCUCAUAACUAAGGUGUUCCCAAGUAAAGAUGGUAAAAUACGUACCAUGGAAAUUAAGGUAGCCAAAUCAGAUGGUACAAAGGUGUUAACCAGACCUAUCUCAGAGAUUGUACCUUUGGUUCCUUCUUAACAUGUUGUUUUCCCCAAUAUUUAAUUGUGGCGUUUAUUCACGCCAGGCAGGGAGUGUUCUGUUAUCACUAAAAGUUGUAAAAUGUUGUAUCACUGAAAUAUCAUUCUCAGUCAGUUGUUAUUCAUUAUGUGUUUACAGCACCCUCUGUGGUUGCUCCAAGUAAUGCACUUAGAAAUGACUUUAUUUGAAAAAACUUUAUUGAACAGGAAGUCCGCUCAGUCAAGAAAAGCGAUUGAGCAAAAAGAAGGGAAACAUAUCGACACACUUUUUAUGGUGUCCUGUUGGAGAAAAUACUGUCCACAUCUUCUGUUUAUGGUUGUAUCGCCGCAUGUCACAGCAUGAGGAGGAAGACAGGAUGUAUUCUUCCUCUCACCCCAACAGCAACAGAUGGACAUUUCAUGGAUGUUUCAUUGGUUCUUUUCCUAAAGCAAUGGUUUGACAAAUUCCUCCACCACUUGUCAUUUUGAGCUGAUAGUAAAUUUAACAGUAGAAGUUUUCAUCCAGGAAUGUGUGCAAAAACUGCAUGUAUAUGGAUAUGUAUUUACAGUAUUCAUUUUAAUUAUCUGUCUUUUAAACCAGCAUAUUUGUGAAAUGAUUUUAAGAUUCUGAGUGUAUUUUUACAGUGUUUUCUUCCUUUAAAGAAUAGGAAAUGUUAUGUUUAUUCAUAAUUAAAAUGUGAUUUUACAUUAGACAUGUUUAUUCAUAUGCUGAUUUUGCAAUUGUAUCAAUAUUUUAUUAUCUAAAAACAGGAGUCAAAUUCUGUAAAAUCCACAGGAAAGCUAUUGUUCGAUUAUAGAUUCUUAAAGAAAUUAUGGGAUUAAAUAGGAUCAUUUUUUGUAUUUAGUGCAACUCUAAAUACAAAAGAAAUUAAAUAAAUAUAAUCAAAUAUAAUGAUAAUCAACAAUUUAUUUGAAAACAUGUUGUAGGAUGUGUUGCUUUGGAAUAAUCAAAUUUAUCUAUUUGGUUUGAGUUAUUUAUUUAUUUGGUCCUUCAUAGUGAACUGCAGUUCCAUAGAGUGGUAAAGGUGCAUUAUGUUUUCUUUUCCAUUACAAUGUGUCACACUCUGCACACAGACCUCUUGAGGCGUGUCAUGGAGUAAAUGUUUAACCGUCAUAGCUAAGGAGAAAGCAGUCAGCAUCUUAGGUUUUUAUUAUCUGUCUGUUGUGAACCUUGUCCGUCCACAGUGCCUUAGUCUGAGCAGGUACAAAUGCCAAGCACACAGGACUUCAUGAGGUCCUUAAAAGGCGGCCAGAAUGCACAGAAAUCCACAUUUUACCUUUAAUCCAAAGGAAGGGAUUGACAACCCAGCUCUGGUCAUGACUGAUGAUCCUGAUCCAAGCGUGGUGCCGAGACUGUGCCACCUGAAGCGUUCAGAGGGCCAAAGCUUUGGCUUUCAUCUGUGUAAGUACAGCCAGGCUUUUGAGAUCACAGAUCUGGACCCAUGGAGUCCUGCAGAGCACAGUGGCCUCAAGGAUGGAGAUCGAGUAUUGGAGGUGAAUGAGGAAUAUGUGGUCAACAUGGAUUUUAACAGGGUUGCGAGAAAGAUCCAGUCAUGUGGCUUACACCUAUUUCUUCUGGUGCUGAAGAGGGAAGAGUAUGAAUGGGCAGUGUCUAUAGGCGUGGACCUAAAAUUCCUGGCCGAAGCCACCAAAGGGGAUCACUGGUCUAGACCCAGGCUGUGUCACAUCCAAAAACACCCAAAGCAUGGCCUAGGAAUGACUGUUGUCUCAGUGGAUGGUCAAAAGAAUCAAUAUAUGGUGAGAACAGUUAUUGAUGGUCCAGCAGAGAAAGCAGGUAUCUUCAAUGGUGACAGACUGAUCUGGAUUAAUGGGCUGAUGGUGUCCACUCUCAGAUACUCAGCUGUCAUCAAAACUUUGAAGAAGAGAGGGGAUUCAGUGACAGUGCUUGUUAUUGACAGUGACAGUGAGUCAUGCUAUAUCAGAAGGAAAAUGCCCAUCAUGCCUGUGGUGGCACAAAGCUGCAGCCUCCCCCACAGUGCUAAGACCAUGAAUCUGGUGAAGGGAAGUGAUGGAUAUGGCUUCCUGUUGAGACAAGAAAAGCUGGCAUGCACACAACAAAAAGUUCAUGUGCUGAGAGAAGUGGAUAUGGGGAGUCCAGCUGAGGGUGCAGGAAUGGAGGAUGGAGACCUGCUGCUAGCUGUCAAUGGAGAACCUAUUGAGUCCAUGGAGCAUGAAGACAUUGUUAGAAAGAUUAGACAGAGUGGUGAUAAAGUCUCGCUUACAGCUAUAUCUAUUCCAGGAAGAGACUUUUACAGAGAGUUAGGCAUUUCUCCUCUGUUAUUUCAUGAAGACUGUUCUCACCGCUGCAUCAACAACUGGGAGGAAGCUCCUCUAAGAAAACAGGACAGAAAGGAGGCUGACUCUGGUUUCCACUCAGGUUAUGUCCCAGAACUGCCAGAAACCGUAAGGAUACAGUGCCCUCCUGGCCAGAGUGAAUACUGCACAGAAUCUAGUUACCUCACAAGGGAAAUCUCUGAAGAUUUAAGUCCAUUGACCAAGAUUUCUGAGAGAACACAUUAUAUUUACUUGUGAUGGCAACGAACAAAAAUAGAAUUGACCAAGGCCAUCCAGUGGACAGAGCUUAACUUUAAAAAAAUUAAAGAUUUAACAGCUGAUGAAGAUGUGACUGAAGACAAUGUCUUCGUCUGGAUUCAGGCAUGCUUGGUUAUGGGCAGCCUCCCUUUUGAUUUGAUCACAUUAAUGUGACUUUUGGACACUGAUCACCAGAUUUGCGACAAAACAGUAGUAUUUUACUUCUUUGUAGUUAUAAAUUCACAAAUGACUUCAUUGUGUUAGUAAUGCUGUCAUCAUGUUGACUGAAAACUGAAUAAUUACUUCUCUGCAAUUGUCACACUUGGCAAAGCUAAGUGGACCAAACUGCAUCCACUUUUGACCUGCAGGUCCAUUCUUUUGAUAUCCCCAUGCUGUGGUCUCUAUAUAGUAUGACAAACUUUAGGAUGCACCAUGGAUGGGUAUACUCCUAGAUAUUUCAUAUACUUGGUACAAAAAUAUAUUUUGACAAUGUGCCAUCAGUGCAUAGAGAUUCUGUAUUUUAUUCAUUCA